AUGGCUGACUCCUUCACCCUCAAUACCGGCGUGAAAAUCCCGAGCGUGGGACUAGGGACCUGGCAGAGCGAGCCUGGCCAGGUAAAGGACGCAGUCGCACACGCCCUCAAGUCCGGAUACAAGCACAUCGACGCUGCCUUCGCCUAUGGCAAUGAGGCAGAGGUUGGCGAGGCGUUGAAAGAGGCCUUUGCGGCCGGCGUGAAGAGGGAGGAUAUCUUCGUGACCUCAAAAUGCUGGCUCACAUACCUCCGGAAGCCGGAGGCGUGUCUGGACGAGAGUCUGCAGAAAUUGGGUCUGGAUUAUGUGGACCUAUAUCUGAUGCAUUGGCCGGUACCCAUGAACCCGAACGGAAACCACCCUAUGAUCCCGAAGCAUCCAGACGGCUCGCGAGAUCUCGAUACUGAAUGGUCGCAUAUAGACGCGUGGAAAGCCAUCGAAAAGUUGCCGGCGACUGGCAAGGCCAAGGCAAUCGGCGUGUCGAACUACAGCAAGAAGUUUCUUGAAGAGCUGCUCCCGCACUGCUCGAUCGUGCCUGCGGCGAACCAGAUUGAGAACCACCCAUACCUGCCUCAGCAGGAGAUUGUGGACUUUUGCACUUCGAAGGGCAUCCUCAUUGAGGCGUACAGCCCGCUGGGAAGCACGGGAAGCCCAAUGUUCAACGAAGAAGGCGUGCAAGAGGUCGCGAAGAAGCACAACGUCGGCCCCGGCACCGUUUUGAUCAGCUACCAAGUCUCGAAAGGCCAUGUCGUACUCCCAAAAUCGGUGACUCCGUCGCGAAUUGAGGAAAACAUGAAGGUACUCAAGCUCAGUUCUGAUGAGAUGGAGUCCUUGGAAAAGAUCCACAAGACCAAAGGCGUGACCCGGUUCGUCUAUCCGCCGUUUGGUGUCAAGCUCGGUUUCCCAGACAAGGACUAG